AAAAAGGCCCAUCAUUUUUAUAUCUUUCUUACCCUUUUUGUUUUCUGGCUGUUCAAUCUUGGCUUUUUUACUUUUCUACAUUUUAAAUUACUUUUAUUUCCUCUAUAGACCGCACUGGGGCGGAAUAGUUCGACACACACAAACACUAACCAUGUCGGGCAUUGCUUUGCGGUUCGCUCGGGCGCUCCCUAAUUCAGCGGGAAUUCGUACUCUGUCAGCAACCAAGGCUGUUGGAAAGGGCGAGCAGCUGUUUAACAACAUGAUGACGGUUCAGCAGGCGCGCAAAAUCCCCGAUUUUAGCAAGUUCAACCCGAUUUACGACGACAUCACGGAAAACAGCUCGGUGAUUGAGCUGUGGAAGAAGCAGAAGGCCAAGGAGCUUGGUCCAAGCGCAACAACAGCGACCAACGUGGAUGCGCUGGUGCGGUCCGAGCACAACGUGUUUGAGCCCCCAGAAGACUUCCUCGUCAAGUACCCCAAGCGGCCGCCCGGCAAAGGCAUGCAGGCAACGAUCGAGAGCGACAUGUUUUGGUCCGAGGACCUCUUGAUUCCGUACGAGCAGUUUAGGAAGCUCUCGAAGAAGACUCUGGUGGUCAAGCGCACGGUCCAGAUGACGCGCAAGGGUAAGAUCCCGUCGAUGUACGCUUUGGUUGUGGUUGGAAACGGUAUGGGCUCGGCCGGCUACGGAGAGGGUAAGAGUGCGGAGGCAUCCCGGGCGGUCAUGAUUGCAACCCGGCAAGCGAUCAAAAAUAUGCAGAACUUCCCGCGCUAUGAUAACCGCACGAUCUACCACGAUAUCGAGCACAAGUUUAAGGCGACGAAGCUCCAGCUAUGGGCUAGACGCCCCGGAUUCGGGUGCAGGGUUGCGCCGAUGAUGCAUGAGAUCUGCGAGUGCAUUGGAAUGCAGGACUUGGCAGGCAAGAUCCACGGCUCGCGGAACCCGAUGAAUGUUAUCAAGGCGUUCUUCGAGGCGCUGACGACGCAGAGAAUCCCCAGCGAUCUUGCCAAGGCCCGCGGCCUGCGUCUGCUCGAUGUGAACCAUAUCUACUAUGGAGGCAUCAGGCCGACUUAUUUGGGUAACAGGAAGUAAGAGUUUAGUGAGAGAGUUUAAAAAUAUUGGCUACACACAAAAAUACAAAAUGUUUGAACAUGUUUUCAAAUUGGCCCGGCUCGGCUUGUAUUGUUUUGUACUGUAUUUAUAAAUUGUUUGGAAAGUUCUAAAGCCGG